CAAAUGUUGAAUUGAUUAAUAGAUCCGAGGUCCUUCCUAUCACGUAAUAUUAAAAACGACCAUUUCAAGCUUCCAUUUCUCUUUGUUCGAUAAUUCUUUCUAACAAUAAAUAAGAAUACCUUACCACCCAGGUAAUCAUCGAUCGUUUAACGACAAUGUCGGGCAAAUUCGAGCCCAAGGUUCCUGUAAAUCUGGAUCCUCCUAAAGACGAUCUUAUUUCAAUCGAGGAAUUAGCAAAAGCCGAUGGGUCCGAAGGGCAAAAGGCCUAUGUAGCAAUCAAGGGCAAGGUUUAUGAUGUAAGCGGGAAUAAGGCCUAUCGAGAGGGUGGAUCGUAUCAUGUCUUCGCAGGGAAGGAUGCUUCUCGUGCGCUGGGGAAGACGUCUACAAAACUAGAGGAUGUAAGCCCAGAAUGGCAGAGUCUCGAUGACAAGGAAAAACAAACACUUGACGACUGGAUCACUUUCUUCUCCAAGCGCUACAAUGUUAUCGGCAUCGUUCAAGGUGCGACGAACAUGGCAUAACCCGUGCGAAUCAUCUAGCUCAAGUGUAUUGUAUUUACAAGGAAUGGACGAACUGUCUCAGGGUGACUCGGUAUGAGAUAAUUAUGAUGAGGCAUCAACUGAAGCUUCAUCAAUCGAAUUAAACAGGGCUCAUUUCCUGUUUUCUGUUGUGUGGGGUUAUCAGGCAGAAUAUUAUUCCUCCUUUUCUCACGAUUCAAGUAAGCUUCUAGCUUUCGAGCAAGUGUUACCUUUCCGAGUUACACACGGGCCGGGUUGCUGCUCAGUAUACUGUAUUUGCAAGAUCGAAAGAACAGUUUCUACUCAUCAGCAUAAAAUUGGUCUUCCUCGUCGUACGGAGGGGAUAUUACUAUGAUAAGUAAUGGAUUUGAACAGAGCAUCUCUUUAUAUACCUACCUACCUAGCUAGGAUCUAGGUACUUACCUCAUGUUUUCCGAGAUUUCCAACCCCUUCCUUUAGCCUCAUCACUCGGUCUUAGGAGC